AUGGUGAUGAUGAUGAUGAUGAUGAUGGCCAGGGCCAUCAGUGAUGAUGUUGAUGAUGAGGAUGGUUCGCCUUCGUCUUCUUCGUUUACAGGUUUUGAGAUGUUUGUGGCAAGUGACAUUUUAAAGACGGAGUACAAAGCUAAGGGUGUUUCUAAAAUAGGUGUUGGAGAACUUGAGGCUAGGCCGCAUAUGAUGGAUAGAAUAAGGUUUAAAUGUAAGAAGGGAGGGAUUGAAAAAAGUGAAGGGUCUAAUGUUACUGGUUGCAAAAUGUUUGUUUAUGGUAGAGUGAAAAAUGGAGAGUUCGUACUUGUUAAUUGUGAUUUAAAUCAUAAUCACCCUCUAAGUCCCGAUUGUAGUAGAAUGAUGGUUAAUUAUAGAAGCAUUGAUGGACCGACCUUUGAUAGGAUAAUGAUAAAUGAAAGGGCGGGUGUUAGCAUCAUUAGAAACUUCGGGACGCAAUUGAUUGAAAAAGGUGGUUUUGAUAAUAUGACAUUUAACAAAAAGGAUGUGAGGAACGCCAUAGCUGUUGAACGUCGUAAAACAAUGUUUGAGAAAGGAGAUGCUGCCGGUCUUGAAGAGUAUCAUAUGCCAUUUGCUCCCUUUGUUAGCGUCAACCAUCAUGGUAAAUCGAUAGUCUUCGCUGCCGCUUUAACCUCACACGAAGACACUGAAUCAUUUAUUUGGGCGUUUGAGGAAUGGCUGAAGUGCAUGGGGAAGCCUCCCAAGGGUAUUUUGACCGAUCAAGACAAGGCAAUAGGUAGAGCCAUAAGUGAAGUUUUCUCCGGUGUUCCACACAGGCUUUGUUUGUGGCACAUGUUACAGAAUGCUUCUCGCAAUCUAGGCAAGCUUGCAGAAUGGAAAAGCAUUGAUACACUCAUCCGAACAGCUGUCCACGAUAUGGUUGAUCCUAAUGAGUUUGAUGAGGCUUGGUGCCUUGUGAUGGACAAAUAUAAUCAACGUGGUAAGGGGUGGAUGCAGGAUGCGUAUGAUAACCGUCGGCAAUGGGCACCAGCCUACAACCGAGGCACAUUUUGGGCUGGAAUGUCAUCUACCCAAAGAAGUGAAGGAAUGAAUCGUUACUUCAAAAUUCAUGUAGACUUAGAAUGUGGAUUAGUCCAGUUUAUUAAGAACUACGAGUUUUGUAUGAAUAUAAAGGCUGAGGAAGAGAAGGAGGAUAAUUUUGAUAGUGUAGAUACGCCUCCUCAACUUGAUGUCGAUAAGAGUGUGUUAGCCGAGUAUGUUUUCCAUAAGGUUUACACGAACGCGAUGUUCGCUGAUUUUGUGCAUGAGCGUAAAGGUUUAACCCACACAAAUGUUACCAGAACUGAUUCACUAGGGUCACUUGUAUUGUAUAGAGCAGAUGAGAAGCUAACCUCCCCCCAUUGGAGGAAAAGGUAUAAGAGCUAUAACGUUAAAGUAGAUAAGGUUAAAGGGGAGCUAAGUUGUUCAUGCCUGUUGUUUGAAUUUAGAGGUAUUUUAUGUAGGCACAUAUUGAAAGCCAUGGAUGUGGAGGAUUUUCAAUUUGUACCGGAAAAGUAUAUACUCGAUAGAUGGAGGAAGCAAGUUAGGUCAUACGAGAUCAUUAGGGUUUCAUACUAUGAUCCGGAAGAAUCUAAACGGCUAGCAAAAGCUAAAGAGCUCACUCAAAGGCAUAAUUAUUUGAGAGAAUUAGCCAUGCAUAAUGAGGAAGCCUACAAGUUGUAA